AUGGCAGACUAUGACGACGACGAGAUCCACCACCACCAUCAAAGACCACCACCGUACAUCCCCAAAGAAACCGCCAUACAAGCACUAAACACAAUAAUCCAGCUCCACUUCGAGAGAACCCUAGAGAAAAAACGAGCCAUCGACAACCAAAAGAAGAAGCUCCACAAGCUAUUCAACCUCUUCUUCAUCUUCCUCGCCGUCGUCUUCGCUUCUCUCUCUCAGCCCUCAAGCCGUCUCCAAUGCCGCCAUUCUUGGGGACCCAUUUGCCUCCUCUCUUUCUCUCACCUCGUCUUCUAUAUCUCCGUCGCGCAAACCCUCCGUUGCGUCAACGGGUUUAAGUACCAGCGUCGUUGCCACAAGCUCACUCUCGGCCUCGCCACUGAGAAGCUCCGAUUCGUCAAGAACGUUGCUGCUUCCGCCGUGGAUGGCGACGAGAUCUCUGCCGCUGCUGCUGCCGGAGAUCUAGAAGUGCCGUACCAAGAGCCGUCGGAGAGUUAUUUGGGGAAGUUUAAGAGGAAUUGGGCUCUUCAUUUCGGGUUCUUGAUCCUUCUUUAUGCUUUCAUGGUCUCUUUCUCUGUCGUCGUCCUCUGUUUCUGA